GAAAAACGGUGCAGUAUGAGACUCGUAAUCCUUGAUUUUCAAACAUCCGUUUAGAGUUCAUCAUAGAACAAGUCGUCAUUAGAUACAAGUACGAGAGAGCCGUCAAACAUUUACGCAAGAGCAUAUACUGACGAUAUAACAACCAAAAGAACAUGAAGUUUGGGAAUACAUUGCUCAGACUGAGUGAAAAUGACAGCAAGUAUGGCCACCAAUACAUGCAGUAUAAACUUCUCAAGAUGCACGUUAAGGAGCAAAAAGGGAACAACGACCCACAGAAAGAAGUGGAGUUUGUCCGCAUGCUUGAAAGUGAGCUUCAACGGAUCAAGAAGCUUAUCUCUGCAAAGAUAGACGAACUAAAGAGUGCAGGACAAGGUUUGCAAAUGUCGGUUAAAAUGGCGGAUAUUUCGAACGAAAUCCCUGAUUUGCAACGUCUGGGGAACCAAGCAGAUGUCUUAGCGACAGAUAUGGCUGAAAUCGAACGUUUUGUUUUCUACAACAAAGAAGGAUUCCGUAAAAUUGUGAAGAAGCACGACAAGGUGACUGGAACAAGAUCGUUUUGGUUCGAAGCCCAGAAGCACGCAGAGUUUUUCUCAGACUUAGCACACGAACUUGAAGGAAUUCUUAUCCAGCUCAGUGACAUCUAUGAGUAUAUACGGGAGAAGCAGGGAGGUAACAAGGUGUCAGCAGAGCACAAAGUGUCUCAGGAAACAUUCGAACGUAAGAGUACAAAAUAUUGGAUAGCAAUGGAGGAUGCAUUUCUACUGAAGACAAUGCUAGUGAAGCACAUGCCAUUGUACAUCUUCUCUAGGACAAAGCAAGAAGAUAACAAGAGGAUGGCAAACAAAAGGACAAGCAUCUUACUUCAGGACCAUGGUAAGAAGUUUGAAGAAUUCAAAUUUCUCCAAAAAUCAGGCUGGAUAUCAUCGGUCUACUUCGACAGUACAGAUCUCCACUCAUACCACAGGCGAGUGGCCAUGAAAGAAGGCGCUACUCUUAUCCGUAUACGAUGGUAUGGUGAUCCAGAUGAAUCAAGCGUUGCUGGCGAUAUGUACCUUCCACGUCCCCCAGCAAAGGGGCUCUUCUGUGAGCGGAAGACCCACCACGAGUGUUGGGUUGCAGAAGACAGUCUCAAAGAAAGAUUCCCUAUCAAGAAAAAUAACAUCACAGACUUCAUAACUGGGAAAAAACCAGCAGCUGAAUGUUGUUUGAGCUCAGGAGAUAGUGCAAUGUCUUUGGCUGAAGAGAUACAGAAAGAGAUAUUGGAUAAUAAACUUGUACCGAUGGUGAGAACUGUCUAUAAACGAUCAGCAUUUCAGCUAGAGGAAACCAAUGAUGUCCGAAUAACCUUGGAUCAAGCCCUAUCGUUUGUCAAUGAACAUCCGAGUGUCAGAGAUGAUGCCACGUGGCAUAGAGAUGAGACAGAGCUUGAGAACAACGAGGACUGGAUUAGUUUCCAUGCAGCUGUUUUAGAAGUUAAGCUGAAGACUGCUUCCCCAGAAUGGUUAGAGGAACUGCUGAAGUCUCCGAUUAUUAGAAUGGUGAACAAGUUUUCAAAGUUUCAACAAAGUUGUACAUCAUACAAUGCUGAUAAAGUGAAGAUAUGGCCAUAUUGGUUCGAAGAUGAUGAAAUAAAAGAAGCAAAGAAAAGAACAAAAAAGAUUAGACAAGCAAAGGACGAAGACGAAGGAAUAGUCAGGGAGGAAAACAAAGAGCAAACAUUAAGAAAGCCAACACCGUCAUUUGGCCUUGAACCCGACUACGCAUAUGAUAAUAAGGCUUAUGGCGAUGAUGCACUGGGUGACAUAGAGAUGGGGAUGUUUGAGAAAAAGGCUCCAAGUGUGAAUGAUGUCCCUGGUGGUACGAUAGGUACAUUUGUAUCAACUGUAAAUGAUAACCCUCCUGGUAUAAAAACCAUCGAUAUGACGGAGCACUCAUUAAAGAAUGGGACAAGUGCGUACAGCAAUGGAGGUACAGCCAUUACGAAACAGAGAAAACGAUUAGCCUCCGAGAACAAACCAGAAGCCGUAUACAAUGACAACGAUGAUAACACCAACUGCUUUGGAAAACCCCAAAAAUUCAAGAAGGCUACAAAGCGCUUAAAGAUUGAACCGAAAACAUAUUUUGCCAACGAAAGAACAUUUAUGCAAUGGAGUACUGCUGCAUUGUUUCUGAUUGGUAUAGGUGGCACUUUGGUUGGAACGCAAAGUGAGGUUGCAAGAGUUGUAACAAUCGUCUUUUUCGCCCUCGCUCUUUUCAUGGUGUUGUAUGCCUGCGUGGUAUUUUAUGUGCGCAUGGUUCUAAUCAAAAGAGGAACAUCGGGAAGAUUUGAUGAUUGGUUUGGCCCUGCGCUGUUGACGUGCUUACUCAUUACUGGCCUUGGUUUUUCAUUCUACGCCUUUCACUAUUCUUGGACCAUGCUACCGCUUACCGUCAUACCAAUUCAGUACUGGGAGUCACCCGUGUGUGUUAAACUUCAAUUGAAGAACAAUCCGGUGUUCUUCUCUCCGAGUGGAUUAUCCACCAACGAUCCAGAAAGGCGUUUGGCCUGGACUUGUGCUGACAACAGAAUAGCUCAACUAGACCUGGACACUGGAGAGUUCCUGCAGGUUCAUACGAUUGGAGAUGAGGGUGUGAAAGAUUUCGAAUGUGUGACAUUUGCAAAAGACGCAGAUGUGAUUUGGAUUGGUUCUGAGGAACCGGAGAAUGAGAUAAUUGAAUACAACAUUAAAACGAAGCGGAGACUUCGAACUUUGUCUAUGGAACCAGUAUCAGGGAAAAGUACCAAAUUAAUGGAAGGGCUUGCCUUCAUGGACUUUUACUACCCUCUGCAAGAUUUACCCCAAAAGGUGGUUGGUAACGGGACAUUCUUUACGCCGAGACCUCAGAGUUUAGGGUCAUUUUACAUCCCUGUGGGAUUCGGAGGUGUUUCACCAAGAUCGAAGAUAAAGGUUCCAGCUGACCUAACUACUGAAAAGAUUGGUGCCAUGACAACUCUUGGUGAUACAUUAUAUACAGUGUUCGAUAACGCUCACGUACUUGUUGGCUAUGAUAUGUUUACAGCGAAAAUGACGCGUUACCAGAUUCCAGGCAACGAGAAGAACUGGGAAGGUAUUUUGUUCAGGCCACAUAGCUCUGGUAUGUGGGUUUACUUGGCCAAAGACAACCCACCAGAAAUAUGGAGAUUUGACUUCGAUACCAACAGUGGUUUCAAAGGAUGUUAAUUAACAUCAAAUAACACAUUUUGGAUUGACUUUGAACUUUGAAGUUUUUGCAUUUUUAUAACGG